CAAUCCAAGAAAUCGUUCUUUUUUUGAAGUUUCACUGCAGACAUAACCGAAAUAUGAUGUCUUCAGGGGAGAAAAUACAUAGCAACUUGACCAAAUUGGUGGUGGUCGUAUGGCUCUUUGUUGUGAUGAUCUUGACAUCAAGCUACACUGCUAGCUUAUCAUCAAUGCUGACAGUCCGGCGCAUGGAACCAAAUGUUACAGACAUUUCCUGGUUAAAGAAUGCAAAAAUAGGGUGUAAUGGGGAUUCAUUUGUGAAGAGUUAUCUGAAGGAAGUUUUUCGUUUUAACGAAAAGAACAUCAUGAACAUUGACAGUGAAGACAAAUAUGAAGGGGAGUUCAAAAGCAACAAUAUAACUGCUGCCUUUCUUGAACUCCCAUAUCAGAAAAUUUUCCUCAGCCAUCACUGCAAUCAAUACAUCCCCACCACACCUAUCUCUAAAUUUGGAGGAUUAGCCUUUGCAUUUCAAAAGGGUUCUCCAAUAGCAGCAGAUUUUUCAAGAGCAAUUUUGAAGUUGUUUGAAGAUGGAACUGUGAAAAGACUGGAGGAUAAGUGGCUUGAUUCUCGAUGUCCAGUUAAUGUAACUGAAACCAGCACUGACAGCUUGAGCCUUCACAGCUUCUGGGGUCUUUAUCUUAUAUCUGGGGGAACUUCCACCAUCUGUUUUCUUCUCUCCAUCAUUCUCUCACUAAGGAAAUAUUAUUGCCGGGGAGAGGAAACUCAAUACCAUUCACCUCCGAGAUAUACAGCGGCCCGGAAUAUGGCAGUUGUGCUUGCUAGGUAUCUGUCCCACAGAGACGUUAAUGUCACAGUAGAAGCUUCAAACUUUAAUCAAGCACCGGAUAACACCCAAUGGAGCUCCAGGUUGAAUAUGGUAGCCCACCGUACAGUGGCAUAGAGACUCCAGUGGAGAACUCAUCAGUUGAGAUUGAAAUUCCGCAGAAUUCUUGGAUUGUAAAGUCUUCGGUGAAAAAGAACAAUGAUUCUUGAAUGGUUGAACUUGAAUCACUGUACAGUUGAAUAAUGCCAUUCAAUGGUA